UAGUUUUUUAGAUUGGCUUCAGCUCCGGAGAAGCAAAAGUUGGCUUCCACCUUUCGAAAAGGAAGAAGCAAGAAAUUGAAGCUUUUGCGGGUGCUUCUCGCUUCCUUUUAAUGAAAUUGGCCCAUUAUACCUAUUUUACCCUCAUAUUUUAAUAAAUUUACGAUUAAACCACUAUAUAUACUGCUUCCCUGCCUGCCGAUUGCUGCCACCCUCUGCUGCUGACUGCUCCUCUCCACCCAUCUUCCAUACGCCGUACUUCUCACCAGAUCCUGAUCUUGACCUUUCCGGUAUCCUCAUCUCCGAUUCCUCCUCUCUACCCAUCUUCCAUUUUGCCACACUUCUCACCAAAUCCUGAUCUUUGACAUCCUCAUCCUCCUCAUCCCAGAUCCAUGGAGUAGCCUCCAAUCUUCGACAGGCCGGAGCAAGUCAAGGUCACAUUUCUGCUGUUCCCUUACCUAUUCCGCCUGUUACCGGGGGUAACUGUUGAUUAUGUUGAGGAGCUAAAUCGUUCUGCAUGCCUGGUGUCUACAAAUCCAAGUGCGGUGGGAGGCUGCAGUUGUAAAAGUUCAUUCGUGGGGAAACAAUAGGUCGUUCAAGCAUAUUGUCCGUAUUUCCGGCAAGGAUGGAAAAUCAUCUGAAUCUGGGGUCAAUUCAUUUUUCUACAGGAUAACAAUAAUCUGAAUUCGUACACACUGAGCAAUCAUGUAAUAUUUUGAAGUUACUUGACUUGUCUUGCAUUAGGAACUUGUUGAUGAUUGAUUGUCCUAAUAUUUUGUAAUUAGCCCAUGUGAUAAUUUAGUUCAGAUAGGGGUCAUGUUGAAUGAAGUUGAUUAUGGGACGGUCACCACAUUGUGGGUCAUCAUAUAAUAGGUUAUUGAGCACUACAGAAUACAAACAGCAAUGUAAUAAACCAUCUUGAUUUGAUUAUUUGUAUUAUGAGUCUAUAACAAGCAAAACAACAUGAAGAGCAAAGGAUGAAAAAGGAAGCAAAGGAAAUGAAUUAUCCUAGCCGUCGAAAUUGUUGGCAAAUCAAUUCCUUUAAAAAGACAAUUAAACCAAUUCAAGGUCAAAAAAACAUGUAUGUUGAAUUAAAGCACCCACGUGGCUCAGUCAAUCUAAUAAUGGUGACAUGGUGCGCCUGACGGAGUAGACGUUUUAGGUGAAUGUAACGUGCCUUAACGGAGCAACCGCAUUAAAUGCACGUGGUGCGUUCUGGUGGAGCAGGUUCCUUGAGAAGGGGUGUUCUGAUAUGGACGAAUGAUCAGAUGAGGGCGUACCUAUUGUGGCUGCCAUACACCUACGGCGAAACGCCGAGAUGUGGUAAACUCUGAGCUCUGCAGCCAAGGUGCGGUUAGCUCUGAGCUCCGAAACUUGCCUUGUGUCUCGUAUAGCUGUCCUUACAGUUAGGUUACUAACUUGUACUUGAUA